AUGUUGGUUUUUGAUGAUGUUGAUGAUUUGACUUUGAACCCUUGCAUAUAUGUGCAUCAUGGUGGUGAAUGGGUUGUGCAAGGUGAUAUGGUUUAUAGUGGGGGGAGGGUGGAUGUCUUUGAUUACAUCCAUGAGAAUGCAGAUGGCAAAUAUGUUAAGGAAUUAGUCGAUAGUUUAGGUUAUAAUGAUGUAGAGAAAGUACAUUUCUGGGACCCUAGGAAAGAAUUCAAGAAUGGGGAGGAGGGAGGAGGGAGAGGUAGCUUCCUUGAGUUGUUGAAUACUGAUGUGGUUGACUUAAAUUCUGAUUAUGUGGAACCACCUUUUACAGUACUCCCACCCAAACAAACUGAAACUCAACCUGAACCUCAACCUGAACCUCAAAUUCAACCUCAAAAUGUGCCUCAACCUGAAAUUGAUUAUGAUUCAGAGGGUACAGAUGAAGAUGAUGAUGAGUUAGCCACUGCUAGGUCUAAGAUAUCUGAUGAUAUGAGAAGGGAAAAGGCUUAUUUUGAGGAGUUAGUAAUGCUGAAAAAACUAGCAGAAAGUAAAGUAGAAGGUGGUCUGAAUUUGGGGGAUGACUUUGAUGGAUACAGUGACUUAGACAGCCCUAGUGAGUCAGAAGAUGAGGAUGAUGUUGGUUACUUAGUUGCACCACAACACCAUAAGAGGGGGAGAGGGAAACAGAAGCAAAACAACACUGAAACUGAAGAGAGGGAAGCCACUUUUUAUGUUGGACAACAGUUUGAGAAUCCAAAGACAUUUAGGAAAGCAAUCAUAGAUUAUUCAAUUGAUAAAGGAAGAAACAUUCCAUUUUCUAAAAAUGAUUCCACUAGGGUUUGUGCAGAGUGUGAGCACAAAGAUAAAGGUUGUAAAUGGAGAAUUUGGGCUUCAUGGGAGAGAGGAAGAAGGUCAUUUACAGUGAAAACAUUUGUCAGUGAGCACACUUGUGGUAGGACACCUAUCAUUAAGAAGAUGACUUCACAUUGGAUUGCAGAACACUACCAGAAUCUGUUUAAGGUUAACCCUUACAUGAGAGUGCAAGAUAUUCAGGAAACCAUUUGGUUAGAAAAGGGUAUAAGGGUGAGCAAAGACAAGGCUGCCAGGGCUAGGAGAAGGGGUCAAGCACUCAUUGUUGGUGAAUACAAAGAGCAGUAUGCAUUACUCCCAAGGUAUGCAGCUGAGAUACUAAGAAGCAAUCCAGGGAACACAGUGAAGUUGAAGUUGGAUGCAAAUGUGUUUGACAUACUGUAUUUGUGUUUUGAGGCACUUAGGAAAGGGUUCUUGGCAGGAUGCAGACCUUUCAUAUCACUUGAUGGAUGUUUCUUAAAGGGACCAUUUGGGGGUCAAUUGUUAGUAGCAGUAGGGAGGGAUGGAAACAAUCAAAUGUUCCCUUUGGCUUGGGCUGUUUGUGAGGUUGAGAGCACUGACACAUGGAGUUGGUUUCUAGAACUUCUAGCUACUGAUUUAGGCACUAGUGAAGGAGCAGGGUACACUUUCAUGUCUGACCAACAAAAGGGUUUACUUGCUGCUGUGUCAAAUGUGUUUCCACAAGCUGAAAGUAGGGUGUGUGCAAGGCAUGUGUACUGUAACUUUAGGGGAGUGUUUGGAGGUGGUUUAGAGUACAGAAAACAAUUUUGGACUAUUGCAAAAAGCAACACAGUAAAUCACUUCAAUGAAAACAUUGAAGUAAUGAGGGGUAUUUCACAUGAAGCUGCUGAAGACCUACUGAAAAGGAACUACAAGAAAUGGUGUAGGGCAUUCUACACUCCAUUAUCUUGUUGUGACAGUGUAGACAACAACAUGAGUGAGGUGUUUAAUGCAUACAUCUUGAGUGCAAGGCACAAGCCUAUUAUUACCAUGUUGGAAGAUAUCAGAGAGGGUUUGAUGGAAAGACUGCAUAAGAAAAGAGAUUUCAUUGGGAAAAAGGAGAUAAUGUUGUGUCCUAGGAUCCAAAUUCAGUUAGAGAAACACAAAAUUUGGGCUAGGGGUUGGAAUGCAUACUGGGAUGGUGGGUUUUGCUAUGGAGUAAGAGAAGGUGCAACACAGGUUAAGUAUGUGGUGGAUCUGAACCAACAUACUUGCAGUUGCAAUGCAUGGCAGGUGAGUGGGAUUCCAUGCAAACAUGCAAUUGUUGCUAUAUGGAAUAAAGUAGACCACCCAGAACAAUAUGUCAAUGCAUAUUUCUGCAAACAGACCUACAUGAAGGCAUAUGAAUUUUUGUUAGAGCCUUUAAAUGGUCCUCAAGAGUGGCCUACUUCUGAUAGCAUUGUUGUGGCUCCAAAGGUGAAAAAGGUCAAUGGAAGACCUAAAACAAAGAGGAGAUAUGGUGUUGGAGAGGUAACUGCAUCUGGUAAGCUGAAGAGAACAGGUUGUUCUAUGAAAUGCAGCUUAUGUGGUGUGAUAGGCCACAACAAAAGGGGUUGCAAGAAUGCCCCUAAGCAACAACAACACAGCAACAAUCAUGCUACUGCAGAGCAGACCACACCACAGCAACAACACCCAAGAACCAGUUCAGCUAUACCAAUGCACAAUAGGGGUGUGGGUAUUUAUACCUACCCAAAUGGGUAUCAAAGAAUAGCUACUCCUAUAUCACAACACUUCCCCACACCACAGAGGCAAAGACCUCCUGCAGCUUUCUAUUCUGAUCAUGGGGGUGAGCAAACCAUCUACUCCUUCCCUGCACAUGACUUCCCAUUGUCACAGACUCAACCAAGUCAAGGACACACAAUAUCAAGCCAAGCAUUGCAGGAUCUUGCAAUGGCUAGAAGAUUAGAAAAAAGACCAUGAG